AUUCACUAUUAAUAUUUAAUUCCAUCGUCGAUUAUUAUCAUAUUAAUUUCGCAUCAAUAAUUUUUUGUUUUUAUAAAAUAAAUAAAUAACGCGACAUUAGUGGCGUGUGUAUUCGUAAUCGUAAAUAAUCCGUUACUGUAACCAUCCAUCAAGUGUGUUUACAGUAGUUGAGUUCACAGUGUUUUCAUCGGUUCGCAGAGCAACCGUUGAGUUAUCCAUUGCUAAUUAAAAUGUCCUACCAACGCAUACACAUUGAAAAAUAUUCUUAGACGUUACCUCGAUUAUUUGCUCAAAUUGGUGUAGAAUUUUAUUCUCUAAUUGGUGUCAAACAAACUGUCACAAUGAUUUCUGAAGGGACGCAUUAUAUAAAACGAAGAGUUAGAUCUGGAGCUGUAGAUGCACAUCCAACAGAACCUGCUAUUGUUGUAAAUUAUGAAUUAGACGCAUUUGUCCUUGGUGAAAAUGGAGAACCUGUAAUAGGCGAUCAUAAGGAAUGUCAAAAAGUAAUACAUUUAAAAAGUUUGAAUAGUAACACAGAUUGUAGAGCAUUAGCAAAAGAAGUAAUACAUAAAUGUAACCUAAUACAUGAAACAAAACUAUAUGAUGUAGAACAUUUAAUUUAUUAUUUACAAACUCGUUCGACUGCAAAUAAUAAAAUUAAAGAAGAAAAAAAUCAAUUGGGAUUAGAAAGUAGUCCGUCUAGUAUAUAUCACAUAUGUGGCUUAAUGCCCGAAGAUAAAGCAAGUUUAGCUAAAAUUGAUGAAUAUAUUGAAAUGUUAUAUGAUGAUAUGCCUCAAAAAGUACGUGGCUCUGGAUUCAUACUAAAAGUAACCUGUGAUAAAGAUAACCUUGAAGAACUUUCAUCAUCAGAGCCGACCAUGAGUGCUUUAGCAAGAGUUCUCCGAGAAGAAUAUCGCAAGAGUUUUGAACUGAGUUCAAAUAUAAUAAAUAUAUUUCUUUGUUUUUCUGCAUAUAAAAUAUUUCAUAAGAUGCUUAUUGACCACAAAAUUUGUUUGCUCUGUGUGGAAGUGUUAGAGUAUGAAUUGAAUCGUUAUGAUAAGCUUAAAAGUCAAAUAGUAAGUGCUCCUCGUGAAACCAAACAAUCAAAAGUACCAACACCUUCAAAAUUGCCUGUUCCUCGAAGUGCUCCUAUAACAUCUAAAAUUAUUCGAAGCCAAAUACCUAUAAGUGCUAGUACUAAUAGUGACAGUCGAAGACAUUCAGCAUCUUUUGAAAACGUAAAACAAACUGUAAAAGAUAAGACACAAAAAUCUUUGGAUACAAAUAGUAUAAAAACAGGAAUAUCAGCAAGAAGCCCAGAUGAAUUAGCAAUACAUCAGCUGAGAAGAAAUUUAUUUAAAUUAGGGAAAAAUCAGGAUCAAGCGUUAAAAGGUGCUGUUGAACUAAUAUACAACUUAACAAUUGACAAAACUAUGGAAGAAAAAGUUGUUCGCAAAGGCAUUAUAAAGUUAUUAUGUCUUUUAUUGGAUAGAACAAGUACUGAUUUACUCUUAAUGAGUAUUAAAUUAUUAAUUCAACUAUCAGUUUAUAAAGAACAUGUAGAUAAAAUGAAAAAAUAUUCAAUUGUUGAAAAAUUACCCAAAAUGUUCAUGAUGAAGAAUCCCAGUUUGGAAAAUUAUACUAUUAAGUUAUUAUACAAUUUAUCAUUCGAUGUAACACUUAGUGAUGAAAUUUUAAAAGUUGGACUUUUACCAAAGAUAACAGAAUUAAUAGGCACAGAAGAAAAUAGUGAAUUGGUAUGCAGGCUAUGUUAUCAUUGUAGCAUGGACGAUCGUUCUCGAGCUUUGUUUUCUCAUACAAAUUGCUUAUCCAAGAUUGCAGAUUUAUUAUUAACAUUUAAUCAGUACAAUUUAAUAUUAGCAGCAUUAUGUACAAAUUUAACUUUAAAUGAACGAAAUUCACAACUUUUAAUUGCAAAACAAGGUUUGAAACCUUUUGUUCAGUUAGCUAUUGAUACACCAGAUUUAAUGUAUUUUAAAAUCCUACAUAAUAUGUCUAGUCAUGAGUCUUUAAAACCUCAAUUUGUAGAACUUAUUGGACAUUUUGCACAUUUAGUUACUAUAUUAAAAGAUAUUGAAUGCAUAAUCGAAUGUGUUGGAAUUAUUGCCAAUGUAAAUGUUCCAGAAGUAGAUUUUAAAGAACUUUUGGAGUCAAAUAAUUUAAUUUCAUGGAUGGUACAAUUUGUAAAUAAUGCAUGUAAACCAAAUCAAACAGUAACAGAUGCAAGAUUACUGAUAGAAGUUAUAAAACUCUUGGGAACAGUAUCAAAGGAUGAAAACUGUGGUGAAUUACUUUAUGAACAUGGAACAAUUCAACAAGUUAUCAAUUUAUUAAAAAAUCAAAAGGGUGAUGAUGAAUUGGCUAUACAAAUUAUGUACCUUCUAUAUCAACUUAUGUGUCAUCCAAUAACUGGAGAUUACAUUAUACAAAAUACAGAAUGUCCAAUUUAUAUAAUUGGUUUAAUGCAUGAUCCAAACAUUCGAGUUCGUAAAAUGAGUAACUACUGUCUUGAUAUUAUUAAGGAAUUUGAUGAAACGUGGACCAAAAAAAUAAGGGCUGCUAAGUUUUGUUGGUUUAAUGCCUAUUGGUUAAAUAUGAUGAAAAAUGAAUGUGAUGUGCCAUGUGCAAAACCUAAAUAUGACUCUAAUAAUGAAAUAAAUUUGUAUAGUUAUGCACAUCAAGCAAUAUUAAUGCCUGAAGAUGAUUUUAUGUAUGAUAAAGAUGAUAAUAUUGAAAUAAUGUCAACAAAAUCACACACUAAUAGUAGUCGGCCAGAAAGCAGAAAUCUGGAAGAUAGAUUUGACUACGAACUUGAUGCAUUCAAUGAAGAGCAGUACAACAUUGAUAGUUAUGACGAUGAUAUUACGAGUAUAGGUGGACAUUUGAUGCAAAAAUUUACCAACAACAUCAUUCAUUUCACAGAAUAAUUUUCUUUUUUAACCUUUUGUUACCACAUUUCACUCUACUAUAUCAUCUAUAUUAAAGUAGUUUAUUACAUCAUAAAUUAACGAUAUUAAUCAUCUAAAUUUGUAGAUAAAUCUAAAAAGCAACUAUUUAACAUGUAAUUUUACAUUACUUAUUUCAAUCAAUAUUUAAUUAUAUAUUAAAAGAAUAUUUACUACCGAAAACAAUAAUAUUCUUAUUAUGAAUACUAUAAAUAUUAAGAUUUUAAGAUCCCUGAAUUAGAUUUUAGGUUUUUAUGAGCAAAUUAGAUGAAACUAGAAACUUUUUAAUUUAUUCUAUAAACCAUUGUUAUAAAAAUAAAAUUAUAUAUUAAAUUUUAAUAUCAUAAAAAGCAAAUAUGUACUUAAUAUUGAUUGUAAUUUUGUUAUUGUUAACAUCAGAAUUAUUUAAGAUUGUUAAAAUUUUACAUCGGUUGUAAUUGAAUCUACUUAAUUAACAUACAAUAACAGAAAAAAAAUUAGCGAGUAAAUACCACUAUACAUUUUCAAAUACAAUAGUAUUAUUAACCUAACCUAACCUAAUCCACUUAGUCAUUUUUAUCAUUGAUCCAAACCAACUAAUCAUUAAUAUAUAAAUUGGAGAUAAAUAUUAUAAUAAACUGGUAUUAUAAUUAUUUAUAAAUUUAAUAGAAAGUUGUAUUAGUAGUUAUAGUACAAAACUCUUACUAUUAAACAAUAUAAAAACUUUGGCAGCUCAAAAAAAGCUCAAUGGCAGUGAAAAAUAAAAUAAAACAUAUUUUUCUAUCUAUGUUAAAUAAUUUAAGUGUAUUAAUAAGCACAGUUUCAAAACAUUGUGUGAC